AUGCUGGGUUUACUUGCUAUUUCGUCUUUGCUCAGCUUGGCAGCUGCAGAGCAGCAGCCAUGGCUGAAAAAGUCUCUCCCAACCGAAGAGAGACUCCAGUCGUUCCUUAAGCAAUUAAACUUCACUGAGAAGCUAUCAAUGGUUCAAGGAACCCAGAAUCUCGAGACGAACGGUUGCAUUGGUUAUGUGCCUGGAAUCGAUAGACUCAGCAUGCCGGCUGUUUGCAUGGGCGACGGCCCAGAGGGAGUCGGUAAUAACCUCAACAAUGUCACGACUUUCCCCGCGCCCGUAAUGACCACCGCAGCAUGGAAUUUGUCGCUCGCCACUCGUUUCGGCGAGGCCCUUGCUCAGGAGCACAAGGCCAAGGGACGAAAUGUGGUGCUGGCGCCAACCAUAAACAUCGUUCGAACCCCCCUCUGGGCCCGAGCAGCAGAAUCUCUGUCCGAGGACCCCUACCUGAACAGCCUUGUAGGUGUCGCGAUUACCAAGGGCAUUCAGUCUCGGGAGAUGAUUGCAUGCCCCAAGCAUCUGGCAGCGUACAACCAAGAUACCAACCGCUUCGGAGUGGCCCCUGGAUUUGAUGCCAUCGAUGCCAUUGUGGAUGAACGCACGAUGCAGGAAGUGUACUUGCCAGCGUUCAAGGCGGCAGUCCAGGAAGGUCAAGCCGGCUCUGUGAUGUGCUCAUAUAACAAGGUCAACGGUCGGCACACUUGUGAAGAUCCUUGGCUGUACCAAGUUCUCAAGGGCGAUUGGGGUUUUGAUGGAUUCGUGGUUACAGACUGGUAUUUCGCUCAGCGAACCACUGUGGCGGCAGCUUUGGCCGGGUUGGACAACAGCCAGCCCGGUGGAUCAUUGAUGGACCUGUAUGGAUUCCCAGAGCUCUACGGUUCAGUUCUCCAGGAGGCUGUCAAUAAUGGAUCAGUACCCACCUCCCGAGUCGAAGAUAUGGUUGAGCGCCUCUGGAGACCUAUGUUCGCCACUGGAGUCAUUGAUCGAGCCGUGGAGGGCAACGAGACUUCAAUUGCCCGUACUGAGAAGCAUCUAAGUCUGGCAAAGGAAAUUGUUGAAGAAGGUGCCGUGCUUCUCAAGAACAUUGAUAAGACUUUGCCGCUGCAUGGAGAUCAAUACCACUCCUUGGCUAUAUUCGGAGGCAACGCAGACGAUCAAGCAUUGGUCACUGAGCUGCACGGUGGAUUUGUACUUGAUACCUCAAUGAAGGUGAAGAAGCCUCUCACUUAUAUAACAGAGCGAGCAGCUCAAGAGAACGUCUCGGUCAGCUACCUGAAAGCGUUCCCAGGUACCCAGACCUUUGAUCAGGUUUCUACCUCAAUGUUUGGACCUGAUGGUUUAAACGUCACAUACUGGACGACUACCGAUUGGACAGGACCCGUGAACCAGACUACGACAGCUGGGAACAUCACCGUCGGAGAUUAUCCCAAGAACAUGGCCAGUGUUUGGCCGGAUGUCUACUCCUCUCGGUACGCUGGCCACUUCUACCCCAACGAGACGGGCCUGUAUUAUUUUUCCGUGUAUGGAAAUGGAUUGGGUAAUCUCUAUAUUGAUGGCGACUUGGUUACGAGCUUGAAUGGAAGCAACUUUAACAUGGUGGCCCAAGGAGUGGUGAAGCUUACCGCAGGAAAGGCUGUGACUCUACGACUUGACUAUUCCAUGGGCUUCUCGGUUGACAAUGGCAUCUACGGAGUGACUCUAGGCAUGGACAUUGAGAAAGACUUCAACCACGAUGGUUUGGCCAAGGUUGCCAAGCAAGCGGAUUUGAGCAUUGUUUUUGUGAAUGAUGAGGUUACGGAGGGCCUUGACAGUAACAACGCUUUACAGCUACCCACCAACCAGGACGAGCUUAUCUCAAAGAUUGCCAAGCACAGCAAGCGCACGGUAGUUGUUGUCAGCACCAACAGUGCCAUUCUGAUGCCUUGGUUGGACGAAGUUGAUGCUGUCGUCGAGACUUUCUACCCUGGCCAAGAAAUCGGACCUGCGAUCGCACGCCUUCUCUUCGGUGAUGUGAACUUCUCUGGAAAACUUCCUAUUACAUUCCCCAAGGCUCUUGCAGAUACCCCGACCGCGGAGAUUGAACGUUACCCAGGAGUCAACCUGAAGGCUAACUAUUCCGAGGGUCUCUUUGUUGGCUACCGCUGGUUCGAUGAAAACUCCGUGAAGCCUUUGUUCCCCUUCGGAUUCGGAUUGUCGUAUACUGAGUUUGAGCUGUCAAAGAUGACAGUCAAAGUUGGUGGAAAGAAUGAGAAAUUUAUUGAGAUCAAGGCCGAAGUCCACAAUACAGGGAAUACCUUUGGACAGGAAGUUGUCCAACUAUACGUGCAGUUCCCCGAAGAAUGCCAGGAACCACCUAGACUUCUGAAGGGAUUCCAAAAGGUUGCCAUCGACUCGAAACGCAAGUCAAAGGUCGAAUUUACUUUGGGCGUUGAUGAUUUAUCCAUCUGGACCACUGCUUCUAAGAAAUGGAAAUUCGUGCCUGGUCAAUACUCGUUCUUUGUGGGAACAUCUUCUAGGGACCUUCCCCUGAAGGAAUCUGUCCAUCUGGAAUAG